AGUCUGAUGACAAGUCAAUUGACAAGAGGGUGCAUCGUCUUGUGAUCCGCAGAUGGCACGCUCAACUAUUAGAUGGUUAAGCCAUGACAAAUAAUGCAUAGGGUAACAUAACCGAUUGUCUGGACGAAUCCGCAAUUGGCACUGCCGCCACGGCGUGAGGAGACAUGUUGCCGUUAGAGGUGCUUAGUUGAUCGAGGCGGGCAUGCAGUCACCCGCGGUGAGGCACAAGCUAUCGGUUAUGGCGCAGCAGACCGCGUUGGUCCUGAACGGCUCCUGCGAGUACGGCACACUGGUGCAUACACGCGUGGUCAGUUUGAAGACGAAAUACGACAGUAAUCAACGCUCCGAAGCUCUGAUCAGCAGCGGGAACGGUCGCCUCGACACACCCAGCACCAACUAUGGUACUGAGGUUGUUGAAGCCGGUGAGGUUGGCGACGGCCUUCUCGCUCGACCGCCCAUGAUGACUGCAUUGCAGCACAUGGGCUUACUCGAAGAGAACGCGCCCUUGACGUUGCCGCGAGCGUCCAUCUGCACGUGGCGCAUGUUGUCUGACGACGCGGGGAAUACGGUCGAGGUAGCAAAAGGCCGACGGUCGCAAUGGGAGAGAGGUGUGCGUGAGCGAGGCAAGGGAGGGAGCAAGAGAUCAGUGAGAUCAGGUACGAUUCUCAGGAAGAAUACCAAACCCGAGUGCUCCGAGUGAAGCGUGCUCACCAUCAUUUUCCAAUAGAGUGUGGAGAGUGGGAGAGUCUGUGUGAGAGGGCAGGUUGAGGUGGAAAGGAAAGUGA